UCACAAAGAACAAAAAAAGAAGCUAGAUAUCGUGGAUCGUGGCCUUUUGGAUUUAAUUCGUUGUUUAAUUUCGUGUUUCAGUGCAGGAAUACAACAAUUCUACGCCCAAAUUGCUGGCACACUCAUUUUACACUUUCAGAAGACUAUCGGAAAAAUGAGUGAUGGAAUGAUGGAGGUUUCCUUCGAAAACCUGAAUGUUUCUGCAAUGAGCGUUGAUGAAGGGAGCAACAGUCACCUGAUGGAGAGCGAUAACAAUAACCGUCAACAAUCUAGCCUGCGUGAUUCCACCGACGGGGGUGUCUCUGGUCAGCAACGAACGGAGAACAUUAAUCUAUCUGAUCAAGAAAAUGGAAACAUUCGAUAUGUUACCGAAUUUCCCAAGAGAACUGAGGAUAUCGCUGAAGCUGUAGACGCUCCGCGUUUUCCUUUGGGCGACACAAACGAUCAAAACUUGUCUAAUUCAACUGUUAGCAGUUUGGAUCGUGUGAAACUGCACAUGUUCGAUUCGCCCAAGAAAGAUGCACAUACUUCUGGUAAAGAAAAUCAGGGCGUCGAUGCAUCGAUUGAAAUAUCAGAAUUUCCACUUCUAUCGAAUAGAGGGCUUGAUGAUAAGUUUCCUCUUGAACCGUCGAAGACUAUCAACAUUGGAAGCUGUCCGUUAGUAGAAGAGGAAAAAUUUACUUCAGGCAAUCAAUACAAUUUCUCCGCGAUCGACUUCGACUGUUUAUUAUCCAGAGGAUCUUCGCAGGACACCGCUACAAAAAGUGCAUCGGAUGCAUCUAUUGCUCUGCCGCGGAAUUCAGUGCUUAUAAACUUCGAUCCGCUGCUUAGGCGACAAACUAUUGUGAAAGCGGAUACAAUAGCUCCCAAUGACUUUGAACCAUCUGGCGACCGCUGUGUUAAUCUCUUAGGAUUUCCCACAAAACAGGAAAACUGUGAUUCACAGUCGAAAUCCGGCUAUCCUACACCAUCAGAAUCUGGGGUUUUCUCUAAACCAAACGAACCAGAUCUACAUCGGUGCAUCGCGAUUGAUGAGUCAGGCGAGUCACCAGUCACAAAUUAUUCGGAACGCGAAGGAUUUCCAACACAAGAGAAAGAGGAGAAGCUACUACCGCUACAAUUGUUGGAUGAAUUGUUGUUUAAAUCUGCUAGUGGUGUUGAAGAACAAGGGACAAACGAAACUCCUUUUAUAAACUCCAACGAAAUUUCCGUAUUUUCUACGUUGCCAGAGCAAGUAAAUGAACAUCGCUUGUCGCCUACUAUUGACACGUUGAAUCAAGACAUUCUUGCAGAGACGCACCAGAAUCAGGGCGAAGAACCUCUGCAAAAUGUUGAUAACUUGAAUCGCAAUAACAAUACAAACGUAUUGGAGUUACUUAAACUUGACGUAUUAACUGAUUCAGAAGAGGCAUCGUGCGAAUUGGAGAAACAGGCAGAUUUUUCAAAUUAUACUACUAAUCCUAAGGAGGACAAUGAAUUAAUGCAAAUGAACAAUAUGCUCGAUAUCUCCAUACCAGAAAAACAACACAAUUUUCUUAAUAAUAUGAGUGACGACCACACUGCGCACCAAGACCAAGACGCUAGCAAUGAAGUUGAGAAGAAAUGUAAAACUGAUGAAAAUAACUUUUCAGAUAUGGAGAAAAAAAUGCAAGCCGUGGACCUGAGGGAAGAGAGUAUGCUUAAAAGAAUUACAGAAAAAGAUAAGACGAUCUGUAAAAUGAGUAACGUCGUUGAAGCCUACGAACGUACAAUAGCAGAACUGAUAUCGGAGAAAGAAACUCUCAUUCGAACUCAUGAACUAGAAUGUGAAAGUCUUAAGCAAGACAAUGAGAUAAAUGCUCAACAUCUGGAGUCUCUGGAAAAGACAUUUUCCAAUUUGUAUGCAAAAUAUGAACGUAUGAAGAAAAACGCCGUAGAGUACAAAGAACGCGAAGAAAACCUUAUGAAUAAAGUAUUGAAGUUAGAAGAGUGUCUAAGAGUCCAAGAGCAACGAUAUGAGAAGAUGAAAAGCCAUGCCAUAAGCCAACUAGAAAUGGCCAACACCAAAAUAGACGAGGCAAACCGCAACCAUUCCCAAGAGUCGGCCAAAUUGAAGGCGCAAAUUAAAAAGGAGGAAUUGUAUCGAAUUUCGAUCAACGAGCAGCUAAUUCAAAAAUCGAAAGAAAACGAAGAGCUAGUUAAAAUAUGCGACGAGUUGAUCAGUGAUACAAACUAAACAAUUGUUUUCUUUUUUUAUUAUUGAUGGAUUGUUGUGUAGAACAGAAUGAUUCUGAGUUUCUCUUGGCAGAUCGUCGGAAUAUAGUUUUUUUUUCGUUCUCUUAGCUAUACUGCAAACUUAUUCAGUCCAGUACAGUACAUCUACAAACUGACGCCUCUGCUUAUACAUAAUAAUUUUGGUUCAAUAGAUAUUUUCUGCUAUUUUGCGAAGAACUAUCGAAGGAGCAAACAUGCCGCAUGGUUCUUUAUUGCUAGUUUAUAGUGUACUAAACAUGGUUUGAUAAUGCAUAAUAAUAAACUGAUAACUGCUUAAUAAUACA